CAAGAUCCAUUGUUUGUAGAAUCAAAUCGAUUCCUACCGAACAAGAGUGAGAGAGUUGAAAACCUUCGGCCGGCGUAAAGUCUCUCUCUAGCAGAUAUCAAUGGCGUCAGAUCCAAAAAACUUCGUAUUCGAGGACGUCGUUAAACACAACAAAACCAAGGACUGCUGGCUUAUCAUCAAUGGAAAGGUUUAUGAUGUAACCCCGUUUAUGGAGGAUCACCCUGGAGGUGAUGAAGUUCUGCUGGCAGCAACUGGGAAAGACGCAACUGACGAUUUUGAGGAUGUGGGCCACAGUGAUGAUGCAAGAGAUAUGAUGCAUAAAUAUUACAUUGGUGAGGUAGACAGGGCAACCGUUCCUAAGAAGCGCACUUAUGUUGCACCUGCUGACCGUAGCUACAAUCCUGACAAGACUUCAGAUUUCAUCGUUAAGAUAUUACAGUUUAUCGUGCCUCUUAUCAUCCUCGGCUUGGCUUUUGCUGUCAGAUCUUACACAAAAGAGAAGUCAGCUUGACAAAUCAAUCCCUUGAGGUUUAGAUGGUCUUGUUGUGUCGAUUUUAUUUAAGUCAUGCAGAACGUUUCUGUUAGCUCGUGGUGUCUGGGUUCCAUUAGACCAGUGUUAUGUUUUUGGUUAUUUGGCAGAUAAAUGUGUCAUUUGGACCGGUUUGUUUAUUGGAUUGAAACUGUUAGUUUACAAC